AUGGUCUUACCUCACGAACCAGAAUUUCAACAAGCUUAUGAUGAAUUAGUAUCAGCAGUUCAAGAUUCUACUUUAUUUACAGAACAACCAAAAUAUAAAAAAGUUAUUCCAGUUGUAUCAGUACCAGAAAGAGUUAUUCAAUUUAGAGUUACUUGGGAAAAUGAUAAGGGAGAAAUUCAAGUUAAUAAUGGUUAUAGAGUACAAUUUAAUUCUGCUUUAGGUCCAUAUAAAGGUGGUUUAAGAUUUCAUCCAUCAGUUAAUUUAUCAAUUUUAAAAUUUUUAGGUUUUGAACAAAUUUUUAAAAAUGCAUUAACUGGUUUAUCAAUGGGUGGUGGUAAAGGUGGUUCAGAUUUUAAUCCAAAAGAUAAAACCGAUGCUGAAAUUAGAAGAUUUUGUGUUUCAUUUAUGAGACAAUUAGCAAGAUAUAUUGGUCCAGAUACAGAUGUUCCAGCUGGUGAUAUUGGUGUUGGUGGUAGAGAAGUUGGUUUCUUAUUUGGUGCUUAUAAACAAAUGCAAAAUAAUUGGGCAGGUGUUUUAACUGGUAAAGGUUUAAGUUGGGGUGGUUCAUUAAUUAGACCAGAAGCUACUGGUUAUGGAUGUGUUUAUUAUACUGAAAAAAUGAUUGAAAAAGCUAGUGGUGGUAAAGAAAGUUUUAAAGGUAAAAGAGUUGCUAUUUCAGGAUCAGGUAAUGUUGCUCAAUAUGCUGCUUUAAAAGUUAAUGAAUUAGGUGGUUUUGUUGUAUCAUUAUCUGAUUCAAAAGGUACAAUUAUUUCAAAAAAUGGUAUUACUGAUGAACAAAUUCAUGCAAUUGCUGAUGCUAAAUUAAAAUUCAAAUCAUUAGAACAAAUUAUUAAAGAUGAAGUUAAAACUUUUAGUGGAUCAAAUGAAGUUGAAUAUAUUGCUGGUGUUAGACCAUGGACUAAAGUUGGUCAAGUUGAUGUUGCUUUACCAUCAGCUACUCAAAAUGAAGUUAGUGGUGAUGAAGCUAAACAUUUAGUUGAUUCUGGGUGUAAAUUUAUUGCUGAAGGUUCAAAUAUGGGUUCAACAAAAGAAGCAAUUGAAGUAUUUGAAUCAAAUAGAAAUAAUGGUGUAUGGUAUGCACCAGGUAAAGCAGCAAAUUGUGGUGGUGUAGCUGUAUCAGGUUUAGAAAUGGCACAAAAUUCUCAAAGAGUUAAUUGGACUGCUGAAGAAGUUGACGCAAAAUUAAAAGAUAUUAUGGUAACUUGUUUUGAAAAUUGUUAUGAUACUGCUAAAAAAUAUUCAACUGAAAAAGGAGAAGAAACUUUACCAUCAUUAUUAAAAGGUGCUAAUAUUGCUGGUUUCCUUAAAGUUGCAGAUGCUAUGUUUGAUCAAGGUGAAGUUUUUUAA